AUGUCGCCGCCUAGAGCCACAUCGCCGGCGCUGCCCGAAGACCACCCCGACGCCGUGCCGCCUCCCCGCCGACCUGCCUCCUCAACGCACGUCGUCCCCGUCCCCCACCUCGCGCCCCGUUGCCAUUUACCCUAUGGCCCCGAUGUGAGCGCCUCCCCAUGCUCCCUCUUCUCCUCUUCCCCCUGCCCCGUUGGACAUCGUGGCCCGGCCGCGCCCUGGCCGCGCGCGUGCAUACGCUCGCGCACCACCCUCGCUCGCGCCCGGUGCACCCCACGGGCGCCCCGCCCGACGCUCCCUGGCCUCCACGCCCGCCCGCGGCGCGCAUCGCUACCCCUGACCGCGUCCACCCCGUGCUGCUGCUUGUCGCCGCACCUCCGCCUGCCGCUGCGUUCCUCGCUCGCUGCCUGCUUCUCGUCGUUUCUCGCUGCACCCGCGAGUCUCCGGCCUCCCCGCAUCCCGCUCUGGCCGGCGCCCCAUGGCCCCGCGCCUCACCUCCGCCCUUUCCUCCUCCCGCGGCCGCGCCAUCGCGCCCGCCCGCGCGCCACUGGCCGCGCCGGCGCCACCCCUCGCCUUCGCCCGCCGUGGCCCCGGCUGGCCGCGCCGACAUGCCCCGCCGUCGGUGUCCCGGUGGCCUCGUCCCGCCCUGCAGGCGAGUGCCCGCUCGGGUGCGCCCGCACCCGGUGCCCGUGCGCCCGUUUGCCCGCUAUGGCUCCUUUGGGCCACUCACACGAGGGCCCCACGCCCAGUGAACAUAAACAGUCCAUGACAAUGGGGCCCACCCGUUAG